CCCGCCAGCUCGUGGCCGCUCUUGCACAACUCGUACCACCCCGAGAAAGCCGGUCCCGCCACCAACGAGCCGCAACAAGGGCCUGUCGCCGCCAUGGUCGGCCGGAUCGCGACGUGGGGCCUCGUGUCGACGGCGCUCGCCCUGGGCACGGUCCUGAGUGCCUUCAGGCAGAGGAGCAACUUCUACUCGGCCGCCGUAUACCUGUCCAAGAGCAACGCGUGCAUGAUGAUUCUGUGGAACCAGGCCCUGUUCCACACCGUUCUCUUCGGCAAGGUCCUCCAGGCCAUCUUCUUCGGCGAGCUCCGCCUCGUCGAGGUCGAGCGCCUGCAAGAGCGAGGCUGGUUCGCCAUCACCGAGACGCUCCUCGCCCUCACCAUCUUCCGCGACGACUUUGACAGCUCGUUCGUCGUCCUGUUCGUCUCGCUCCUGUUCCUCAAGGUCUUUCACUGGCUCGCAGCAGAUCGGGUCGAGGCGAUGGAGCAAGCGGCGCAAGUUUCGCGACUCGCCCACCUGCGCAUGGUCGGCCUCCUGUCGCUCCUCUUGCUCGCCGACGUCGGCUUCAUCUUCAACGCGGCCGACUCGAUCAUGGUCGACGGCCCGACCGUCAUGAUCAUGUUUGCCUCAGAGUACCUCAUCCUCGUCGCGACCGCUUUGGCGACCGGCGCCAAGUACAUCAUCAACUGCGUCGACAUGCGUCGUGACACGCCGUGGGAGGACAAGAGCGUCUACAUCUUCUACGUCGAGCUCGCUGCCGACUUCUUCAAGCUGUUGACGUACCUCGUCUUCUUCGGCCUCAUCCUGUCGUUCUACGGCCUCCCGCUCAACAUCCUGCGCGACGUCUACAUCACGCUGCGGUCCUUCAUCCUCAAGGUGCGCGACCUGCGCCGGUACCGCCAGGCGACCCGCAACAUGGACGAGCUGUACCCCGACGCGACGAGCGACGAGAUGGCCGCCAUGACGGACCGCACUUGCAUCAUCUGCCGCGAGGACAUGGAAUACCGCCCAGCGCCAGGGGCCGAGGGUCAACCUGCGCCGGCGCCGGUACCGCCGCCGAGAGCAGGCCCGAACGACACGCCCAAGAAGCUGCCGUGCUCGCACGUGUUCCACUUCCACUGCCUGCGCAGCUGGCUCGAGCGUCAGCAGAGCUGCCCGACCUGGUGCGUCCAUCUUCCUCGCCCUCGUCUCUCUCUCGCCGUCCUUCUCGAGACUGACUUUCUUCCUUGA